AUGAAGUUCGCCGCCACCCUCUUCGCCGUUGCCGCUGCUGCCGCUACCGCUGACAAGCGUGACACCGUCUUCUCGGUCUCCGACUUCUCGGCUGGCUGCGUCCGCCACAGCACUCAGUGUGUGUACUCCUUCUCCGUCAUCCAGCCCGGUACCAUGGAGACCACUGGAGUCAAGUGCUCUGCUUCGGGCCCCGCCGGCGCUGGUGGUGAGCUCCCUGAGAUCAAGGAUGGUGCUUGCGAGGGUUCCAGGACCUUCACUGUGGCCAAGGGCGCCGACGGCCUGACCCUCACCGUCACCCAGCCCGUAACUCCCUCCAGCAACCAGUCCGGCUCUCACCUCCUCGCCAAGGCCGACCUCAAGACCACCAACGAGCCCAACGCUGUUGUCCAGAACUACGUCGGCCCCAAGAGCUUCAACCUCGAGUAA